GGUUAUUGAAUGCGGGGAUUCUGGGAUAGAAAUGGCUGCGUACUGAAGUCGGUUUCAGUGCAUUAAAACACAAAUAAACGAGGGAUGUGAGAGCGAGAUACAGUUCAGAAUUUUACAAAGCUGACUGCCCUCGUUAUUCCGCUGUACUAAAACCUGCACCCCAGACUGGAAUUGUUUGAAGGUAUACUGCAUAUGAUCUGGGCUGGAAAAAGAUCUAAAAGAUAUUAAAGUAUAUAUAAUGCUGGGUGAAGACCUUACCUGAAUAUCAAAGUAUUUAUCCUGGAGUGGAAUCUUGUCCACAUGUGGAGAUCUUAGGAAUUCUGGGCUACAGGGUCUGAAGCUGUGUUUAAUAUUGGCUUUGGCACUUGGUCUAGAUUGCUAUCUGUAUACCCGUCCGAAUAUCAGAAAGCUUUAGGUCUGUGUGCUGUCAAGGCUGGGCUGUUACGUUAGACUGUGUCGAGGGCUGAGCCGGUUUUGAAGAUGGACGCUGAUGCUUCGCUGCACCGGCUGGAGGGCAGUGACCCGAGCAUGGAGGUGGGUGGUCUGAUUCUGUGCAAGAAAAGUGCAGCAAAGGAGCAGCAUGUGUUCCGAGCCCCCACGCCCCGCACCUCCCUCCUGGGUCUGGACCUGCUGGCAGCACAAAAACGCAAGGAGCGCGAGGACAGAGAGAAGCAAGAAGACGAGGAGAAGGAGAAGAAGAAAUCCAAGGUGUCCUCCUACCAGGACUGGGAGGAGGGUCGCGAGGACUCUGGUUCAGACGAGGAGAGCUCUGAGAAGGAGGGGGGUGCCAGCAGGAAAGAGAGGAAGUACCGUGUGACAGGGUCAGAGACACCCUCAAACCCAGGAGGGGUCAGCGAGGAGUUCCGGCGGAAACACCAGCAGAGAGAGCGGGACCGUCGGGAGCACGGAGUGUACGCCUCUUCGAAGGAGGACAAGAAACGAGAGAGGGACCGAGAUCGAGAUAGAGACCGGGACCGACGGACUCAGAGAGACGAUCGGGAGCGCAGUCACCGCAGCAGCAGCCGGUCGGAGCGCUCGGAGAGAGGAAAUCGGAGUGAGCGGGAUCGCUCUCAGAGAGAGGGGGGCAGGAGAGAAGAGCCUGAAAGCCCCCGGCACCGACCCAAAGAUGGCGCAACACCGUCUCGCUCCAGCUGGGACGAGGAUGACAGCGGCUAUGCGAGCUCCCGGCGCUCCCAUUGGGAAUCCCCUUCCCCUGCCCCUUCCCACCGGGAAUCGGAGCGUUCAGAGCGGAGCCAGCGCUCAUCAGGCCGGGAGAGCGAGAGGCGGGAUCGCGACAGGUCUGUAAAGAGCAGAUAUCCAGAUGAUACCCCCCUGCCAACACCCUCCUACAAAUACAACGAGUGGGCCAAUGACAGAAGACACCUGGGCGCCACCCCCCGGCUGUCCCGCGGGAAAGGAAGGAAGGAGGAGGGUGAAGACGGCAUCUCCUUCGAUAAUGAGGAAGAGAAACAGCAGUGGGAGGAAGACCAGAAGCAAGCGGACCGGGACUGGUACAUGAUGGAUGAGGGCUUUGACGAGUUCCACAACCCCUUGACCUCAAGCUCUGAGGACUACGUCAAGAAGAGGGAGCAGAUCCUGCAGAAACAGACUCAGAAACGCAUCUCUGCAAAGAAAAGACAGAUCAACGAGGAUAAUGAGCGCUGGGAGACCAACCGCAUGCUGACCAGUGGAGUGGUGCAACGGCUGGAGGUGGAUGAAGACUUUGAGGAGGACAACGCAGCCAAAGUUCACCUUCUGGUGCACAACCUGGUCCCACCGUUCCUGGACGGUAGGAUCGUAUUCACUAAACAGCCAGAGCCAGUGAUCCCAGUGAAGGACUGCACCUCGGACAUGGCCAUUAUCUCACGCAAGGGCAGCCAGCUCGUCCGCAAGCACCGCGAGCAGAAGGAGCGCAAGAAGGCUCAACACAAGCACUGGGAGUUGGCUGGCACCAAGCUGGGUGACAUCAUGGGCAUUGAGAAGAAGGAGGAGGAAACUCCGGGCAAGCCUGUAGGUGAAGACGGCACUGUGGACUACAGGACGGAGCAAAAGUUUGCAGAUCACAUGAAAGAGAAGAGCGAAGCAAGCAGCGAGUUUGCCAAGAAGAAAACCCUCCUGGAGCAAAGGCAGUACCUGCCUAUCUUCGCAGUGAGACAGGAGCUGCUCAAUAUCAUCAGGGAUAACAGUAUCGUGAUUGUGGUGGGCGAGACUGGCAGUGGAAAGACUACUCAGUUGACGCAGUAUCUUCAUGAGGACGGCUACACGCAGUAUGGCAUGGUUGGCUGCACGCAGCCGCGAAGAGUGGCUGCCAUGAGUGUGGCUAAAAGAGUGAGCGAGGAGAUUGGGGGCAACCUCGGAGAGGAGGUGGGCUAUGCUAUCCGUUUUGAGGACUGUACCUCGGAGCAGACGGUCAUCAAGUACAUGACCGACGGAAUCCUGCUGAGAGAGUCCCUGCGUGAGUCUGACUUGGACCACUACAGCGCCAUCAUCAUGGACGAGGCUCACGAGAGGUCACUUAACACAGACGUGCUGUUUGGGUUGCUCCGAGAGGUCGUUGCUAGACGCUCAGAUCUGAAACUAAUAGUGACGUCGGCGACGAUGGAUUCAGAUAAGUUUGCUGCGUUCUUCGGAAAUGUCCCAAUUUUCCACAUCCCAGGAAGGACGUUCCCUGUGGAUAUCCUCUUCAGCAAGACACCUCAGGAGGACUAUGUGGAGGCAUCAGUGAAGCAGGCACUGCAGGUGCACCUUAGCGGCAUGCCUGGCGAUAUCCUCAUCUUCAUGCCAGGACAAGAGGACAUUGAGGUGACUUCUGAUCAGAUUGUGGAGAGACUUGAGGACCUGGAGAGUGCUCCCCAGCUGGCAGUGCUGCCCAUCUACUCCCAGCUGCCCUCAGACCUGCAGGCCAAGAUCUUCCAGAAGGCCCCGGAUGGCGUGCGGAAGUGCAUUGUUGCCACAAACAUCGCUGAGACAUCUCUGACUGUGGACGGGAUCAUGUUUGUCAUCGACUCGGGCUACUGCAAACUAAAGGUGUUUAACCCUCGGAUCGGAAUGGAUGCCCUGCAGGUGUACCCCAUCAGCCAGGCCAAUGCCAACCAGAGAUCGGGUCGAGCCGGGAGAACUGGGCCUGGACAGUGCUUCAGGCUGUACACUCAGAGUGCCUACAAGAAUGAGAUGCUGACCACCACGAUCCCAGAGAUCCAGCGUACCAACCUGGCUAAUGUGGUCCUGCUGCUGAAGUCACUGGGGGUUCAGGACCUGCUGCUCUUUCACUUCAUGGACCCCCCGCCUGAGGACAACAUGCUGAACUCCAUGUACCAGCUGUGGAUCCUGGGCUCGCUCGACAACACUGGGGGUCUGACCCCGACCGGUCGUCUCAUGGUGGAGUUCCCUCUGGACCCCGCCCUUUCUAAGAUGCUAAUCGUGUCAUGUGACAUGGGCUGCAGCUCCGACAUCCUAAUCAUUGUGUCGAUGCUGUCUGUACCCGCCAUCUUCUACAGGCCAAAGGGCCGUGAGGAGGAGAGUGACCAGGUGCGUGAAAAGUUUGCAGUCCCAGAGAGUGAUCACCUGACCUACCUGAACGUGUACCUGCAGUGGAAGAACAACAACUACUCCACUAUCUGGUGCAAUGAGCAUUUUAUACAUGCCAAGGCCAUGAGGAAGGUUCGGGAGGUUCGGGCCCAGCUCAAGGAUAUCAUGGUCCAGCAGAGGCUCAGUCUGGUGUCCUGUGGGUCGGACUGGGACGUCAUUAGGAAGUGCAUCUGUGCUGCCUACUUCCACCAGGCUGCCAAGCUCAAGGGUAUCGGGGAGUAUGUGAACGUGCGGACGGGGAUGCCCUGUCACCUGCACCCCACCAGCUCUCUCUUCGGAAUGGGGUACACACCGGAUUACAUUGUCUACCAUGAGCUUGUCAUGACCACAAAGGAGUACAUGCAGUGCGUCUCCUCUGUCGACGGGGAGUGGCUGGCAGAGCUGGGGCCCAUGUUCUACAGCGUCAAACAAGCCAACAAGAGCAGACAGGAGAAUCGCCGGCGAGCGAAGGAGGAGAUAUCGGCCAUGGAGGAGGAAAUGUCCCUGGCUGAGCAGCAGCUGAGAUCCAGGAGAGAGGAGCAGGAGAGGAAGAGCAACCUGGGCAGCGUGAGGUCAGUUAAGAUCUGCACACCAGGGAGAAAAGAACAAGAUGCCCUCAUGACACCAAGACGAACACCGGCAAGAUUUGGACUUUAAAUUUGUACUUGAAAAUCUUCCUUACUCCUGAACCUAUUAAAAAAUAUUUUAUGUAACAUUACAAUUAAAAUAAAAAAAUAAAUAAAAAAACAUUAAAAAUAAGUUGCAAGACCUUCACCUUGGUAAAGAAGACGUGGGGGGUUAUUUCCCAGUACUAUUAGAAAAAAAAAGAAAAAAAAAAUUGUUUUUGUUUUUAAAAACAAAGUGAUUUGACACAUUAAGCAACUUAUUUUCCAAAAGCAGUUUCAUGAACAGUCCACCAGAGGGAGUACUUGUAUCAGAGAUGAAGAUGAAGAGCCUGUCAAGAUAAAAGACAUACAACCCAGACUGCGUGUGUGUGAGAGAGAGUUUUAUUCCUUGGCCCCUGCUUUGAAACAAACCAGUGCUGUUCAGUCUGUUGCCUUGUUUCUCUAGUGGAGUGGAUCAUUUGGGACCCAGUCCAGCAGAACUGGAUCAGUUGGGUCAGUGGCUUUAACCUGUGGUAUGCGCCCGAGAUUGUUUAGAAAUGUCUUACUGUAUCGUAAUAAGUACGUUAAACUCCAUCCUGCAGACUAGCUUGUUUAAAUGACCAACUCGCCAUAUAGACUGCGAUCCUUUCAAUUGGGAAUUAUGUGGAGCUCUGCAUCUGUUGUGAUUUGGUGUGUUAAAGACCAUGUUAUUCCUAUUAAAGUAAGUAAUAUAAAUUAGCAGCCAGUCAGAGCACUGUUUUGCCCAUAUAAAGCUUGCCAUGUGCUAAAGCCCAUGUAUUGAACUAGUAUUGUCUCUAGUAAAGUUGACCAGUAGUUGUUUUUUUUUUGGUAAUUUUAAUAGGAACGUGAAGGCGGUGUGUAUAACCCUUGGGAUAGGUCUGUAUAUUUUUUGUGAGAGAAAUAUUUCUGUAUUUAGUUUGAACAGCUGAGCUGAAUCUAAACCUUACACUCAUUAAGACAUUAUCCAAAACGUGUCUUUAGUUGACUUGGUUUUACCUCGGCACUCAACUUUUCCAGUGCUGGUAAAGUAUGAUUUGUUUUCUAGUAAUGCUUAUCUCAUGUAAGCGUUGCAGGGAAAAUGUCUGGUGUUUCCGAUGAGAGAAAAAACAGUAACUAGAAAUGCACACUGCUUGAGUGGCAUUUAUAUUUUAAAACAACACUUUUGUCAGUCAGUUUCAGGGCUAUAUAGUGUUGCUUUAAAAAAAGAAAUAUUGAGCUGAAUCAAUAUUGACGUGCCCACUGCCACAGCUCCUUCUCAGUGUUGCUGACAAUGACAACCUAUGAACAAGUAUAUGAACAACCUUUGUUAAAUUCACUUUGUGGAAACACGGCACGGGUAUCUAGGGCUGGUAAGAACACCUGAAUAAAAUGUCUUUGCAUCAAAGUUAACUGUUUAGGCUGUUUCAGUAAUGCCAGCAUUAAAAUAUUAUUCUGAUACCUCAAGCAUUUUCCUCUGCAACAUGAAUCGUCUUAUUUCUGAUACCUUCAGUGUGUCACUGCACCGAGUAUCGUCUGUUUUCAGUACUGUUUAGUUUCAACCUGGCACAUAAAAGUGAAUACCAUACAUAAAUGAAUAACUAAAUAAAUAUAUACAGUAUGAUGGUGCAUAAACAGUAAUUGCCAAAGGCAGUGAGUGAUGUUUUAAUAUACACUGGAAAUCGGUACAGUUAUAUUUAAAUUGUAAUUUUCAAAGCUGUUUAAAGGAAAAAAAAACAGAAAUGACAGGCUUGCCCAUGUUUCCCUUUUCACUGCUUUGCUCAGGAGUUGUGUGUGGCACUAAAGAAUCACAGUAUAGAAAUUACAAAUGAACAGUGAAGAGAGAAGCACCAGGGGCCUCUGCCAUAUUUUAUCACGUUGCCCAUGAGAAAGUUGUUGAGAUGAAAUUUAUAUAUGUUCAGUUUUAGCAGAGAUUCUUUAAGUCCUGAAUCUUGUUUCUUAGAAACAUCCUAUUUGUCCAUACACCACCUGUUAAAUAUCUGCCUUUACCACACCUACUGAAAGGCACAUAUGAUUCAUGUAAUGGAACUUGGGACAUUUGAAAAGAAAUCAACAUCUCAAUGGUUGGAGUACACAUGUGGUUCUUUGUCUGAAUAAUGCAUUGAUAAGUAGUAUAUCAGGAAACCAAGCAGUUCAUCUGUAAAUACAUCUUUUGAUCCUGGUUGAACCUGAACCCUGGGCUGUUGGUGGUCCCAUGGCGCUGCAGUUAAGAAGCACUUAGUUCUGGAGGUUCCCUUGAACUAAAAAGGCAUGUGCAAAGACAUGUUCUGGAAAACAUUUUCCAUCAAUUGAUGCAUCAAAAUAACCAACUGACGUGUCUCCACUGCUCUUUACCGUAGCAUUGUGCUUACAAUGUGGCUUAAGCUAUUUGAUGCCAGGUUCUACUAAAAAAAUUAGCUGAGACAUGUUUUAAGCACAAAAAAGAUGUAGACAAGCAUCAAGUUAUUAUUGAGGAUAUUGUCGGUCUAACUUUAAACUCUCUAAGAAUUGCGUCUUGGGUUUAUAUGGAUUUCCCUUUGCAUGGACACUCAGGCUGCUUCUCUUCCAAUGCUAUGCCUACACCUGUUUCGUCUGUUGUAUGCUGCAGCUAAUGCCUGUUCUGAGUCUCUCUCCCUCUUUGUGGAAGAGUAUUAUAUAUUAUUUGAUAUCAUGGAAUUGUUGAUAGGAAACCUUUCUACUGUAUGUGUUUGAAUUUUACUGUAAAAGACAAGAUGUAAGUGUAUGAAAUGUAAGUGCUGGAUGCAUUUGCACCAUUUUGUGCCGGCCCAUAGAGCCUAAGAGUAAUAAAUGUAUUUUCUUUUGAUAAA